CAGCCGGUGAGCCGGAGGCCGGGUAACUUUAGCGUUUCCUCGAUUACUCCGUAUUAGUACGAGUUUUGCAGUAAUAUUUAUAAUCCAUCAUGGCGCCGUUAGUGCUUGAAGGUGCCACAUUAGGUAAGCGACAUCAGCAUUACAAUCAACUUUUGAAGGAUGUCGCUCCCACCAAUGAUAAACCAGCUAAAAUCGACUACAACAAGACUGACAUCGAAAAUCUGUUCAACAUUGAUCUUGCCAGCAAAAUACGGGAUUUGGAGUACAUCCUCGACGUCCUAAAAGGCGAAGAUAUGCUGUACGUGUCAAGAGCCAUAAAACGGUCGAACUGGUUAUAUACUGAUGCUCAGUACGCGCAUAUAAUUGAUCCUGAGUACCUGCAUUCUGAACUGUUCCCUCAGAUGAUGCCGAAAGCAAGUAGUAAAUUUCUACUUCACAUUAGGCUUACCUUGAAAAACGAAGCUAUGGUGGAAAAGUUUUUCCAAUAUUUCAAAGAAAAAAAUCUAAAGACAGCCAUCAAAUGGUUACCAAACUGUCCAAUGAAUGCAGUAGAAGAAGCUGUAAAAAAACACAACGUGAAAAUAUCGCCUGAUAUAUUUGGACGACUGUGCAGAAGGUCGCCUACAAUACUUGAAAUAUUUCUCAAGUCUACAGAUAACCAUCACUACAGAACUGAGCAUCUAAAAGCUGUGAUGUUCCUUUUGACUACCCAUACAGAUCUAUAUCUAGAUGCUUUAGAAAAAAAUGACAGAUAUAAUAUGCCCACUAUGACAAAAAAGCAUACCGAAAUCGUUAUGAAAAAUUGUUAUCAAAGGAUUAUUGACAAUUUUGAAAAAUACAUUUACUGUAUCAACAUCGACACUUUUGCCAAAACUCUGAAGAAAGAAGAUAUAAAACCGUUCUUACGUACUCAACUUGAAAACAAAGAAUUAAAGCGUUGGUUUGAUCAAGACAGACUCGGCAACUUCAUCAAAUACAUGCCGAAAGAGGAGAAGUCUGAAUUUAUGAAGCAAUGCAUUGACAGGACAGUGACAGACACUAGUGAUAGUGGUUGUAUAACACUGAAAUGUUCAGCUGUGGCAAUGAGUUGCCGUGGCGGUGGCGGUAUUGGCAGCGCCAGCACAUAUCGCUGGUACAAAUAUGCUCCAUUUGGUGUCGCAUUCCCCGAAUUGAAAAAGCUAAUACGCGCUGAAUCUAACCCUGAUGAGAGAAACGCCAUGUUGAUGAUUUUGGUAGAAAAUGCCAGCAAAAAUUUAACGCACAUUCAAAAUGUACUACAGUACUAUCGGGAGAGGCACAUUAACGAGCCCUUCCGGUUCAAAGUCCAGUUCGUUAAUGAUUUACUGCAUAAAACACAUCCUCAGCUUUACGAUGAAACCAUUUGGAGCAUCCUUGAUGAACUCUUCCGCAGUAUGGAAGUAUACAUUGAGUCUGAAAAUAAUGUCCAAACGUGCAUUAAGGCCAUAAUAGCAUACAAAGUCACUCACGAUCAGGAAGUACCUGCAAUUAUAGAACAAAAAUUCACCUUCGACCUUUUAAGAAAUUACGAAAAGAAAUUAAAAGGCGUUCUAAAAGAGAAAGUCUUUAACUACCUGUUUAAUUUGUUGUUAACUAAAUUAGACAAACAUGUGAUUUCUCACCAAACAGAGUUCGGAGAGUAUGUCAACUUAUUAAAACAAGGUCUUGAUCUAUUGAAUGUAUGGAAAAAAGACCUUAGUGAUUACCCAUUACUGAUAAACAAAAUUAAAGAUUGUGUUAAGAUUAAAAAAGAAAAAGGAUGGACUACAUCCUUGAUGCCUUUGUAUGAUAUUAAAAAGUCUUGGAAGAGGUACAUAUUUGAGGACUCCCUUGCUAUAUCUCCAUCUGAAGUUGUAUGCAUGAACGCAUUAAAGCAUGAUCCCGAAAUGUUUAUAAGACACAAGGAUGAACUAGAUAAGCUGCGUUAUAACGACUCCACGUCUAUAGAAAAAGUGUUACGGAAAUUACGGAUCUACUGGCCGCAUACCAUAGCCAGUGAAUGGACGGCGGCUUACCGCAACCGACUUGACAAACCCGGAGGACACAAAGCGCUUAUUCGUGGUCUCUACUGCUUGCUUAAUCAGCAGGAACUGUUGGAAUUUCUGAAAAAAUACGAACCUCAGGAAACUAAAAUAAAUUGGGCUGAUACAGACGAGCUCCAGAUGAGUUUACGCAAGAACAUCGCACAAAGUAUGCAUACUGCUCGGCCUCAGGUCUCACCUGAUGCUAUUUUGUGGUAUGCAAAAGGUGACUAUGUGCAAUUCACUCAACCUGCUUUAAGUUCCAUCCUGUACAACUUGCGAUCCAGUCACAGCCGCGAUGUCGUGCUGAAGCUUCUAAAUGGUAUAGUAACAUUACAGAAACAUGGUAUACGUCUGGCAUUUGCUAAACUAUCAACAUCUGAAAUGAAAAAGAUAUUUGAAGACGUUUGGAAAACAACAAAAAAUUCUUCUGUUCGCGCAGUUCUCUUCCAAACUACCAAUGAGAUGUUAUGUAAGGAACCUGACGUAACAUUGAUUGCAGAGGUGUGGGAACUGAUGCAAACCUUUAUCGAUAGCUUGUCAGCAGAGGAAGAUAAGGCUACAUAUAACUCUUUCGGCAAAGUAGCUAAUAUACAUAGCAGCAUUAAAGCUGCCUAUUGCAAGAAAAGUUACAAGGUCCUGAAAUCUCUUCCAUCCAAAAUUGAUUGUCAAAGCACAUUGCAAAAAAUAAAAGAAGAGAUAAGUAAUAUUAUUGAAGAACUGGAUUAUGAAUUCAUAGCGAAUAUAAUAGAAGAAUUCGCAAAUGAUAUUCUUAUUAAGAGUAGUUAUGGAUAUCAACACAGGCAUGACAUGAACGUAUUGACAAAAUAUUUAUUAUGUGUUGUUGAUGAAAGCGAUCAAACUGCGAAAUUUAAUAAGGUGUUUGUACCUUUAAUGGAAAAGUCACUGGCUUCAUGGAAUAAAGUUAACGAUCGUCAAUUAAUUGUGAAACAAAACUUUGAGCAAAUAGUUGUACAUUUACUUCGAUCGAUAGACUAUCCAUUCUUGAAGAGCAAAGCAAAUCCGAGUCCAUUGUAUCGUAAUAUACUGAAAAAACUAGAGAGCACACUGCCAGCUACCCAGAACAUCAUCUUAUUCCAACAGUUGAAAUUAUCGGCGGCAUUUGUAGACAUAUUAUAUAAAAACAAGCCUGAUUCAAUGACUGAGAAAUCACAACUAUAUGAUCUAUAUUCAGCAAGCACAGAUGAUAUAACAAAAAUAAUAAUUAAAUAUCUAAAGGAAGAUGUUGCUAAAUAUGAUACAUUAAUCUACCGCCCAUUCGCUAGAGCCUUAGAAUCUGUGUUUGACUUUUUCGAAGUAAAUGUAUUGACAAAGCUAAAAUUCUUAAUACGCAUGAUGGCUGAAAAGGAUUUUGUUCCGGUUUACUUGGUAACUAUCAAGAUGCUACCCACUUACUUCGACGAUGACGAGAAAGCGCUUUUGAAAGAAAUUCGAGACUUAAUUACAUCGCAUCCAUCUCCACUAGUACAAAUAAAUUACUUCAUGAAAUUUGGCACGGAUCCGUUGCCUGUGCCUGAAGAAAAAUAAUUUCACAAGUUUUCACGAUAAUAAUAGCAUUUUACUACG